AUGCCAGGAAUCCAUACCAUCAGGCAACGAGCACACGGCGCACACAGAUCCCUCAAACGUCAACGGUUGAAGAGCCUAAAGGAGGAUCGAGAACUCUGGUGGACAUCGGAGGCUCGGGAGAUAGAGAAAGCUUUCGCUGCCAGAAACGGCCGUACCCUACAUCAACUGAAACGAUCGACUGGCCAGAGGAAAGCGGUGGUCAGUGAUAUGAUAAGUGAGGCGAGCGGUAGUAUCCUACCAAUGGAGAAUAUCUAUCCUCACGUUGUAAGACGCAUCAGCAAGGAGAUACGUGAGGUUCUGGACGAUACACUCGACGGGAUCAAACUGGUAGUCAAUGAGCAAGACCUUACCGACAUUCAGGCCAUUAUCGAUGGUCCUGCAGACACACCAUAUGAAGGCGGCAAAUUUGGGGUCAAACUUGUCCUCUCCGAAAGAUAUCCAAUCGAACCACCAAAGGGCUACUUUUACACGAAGAUCUUUCAUCCGAAUGUGGCGCCGGUCACUGGGGAGAUUUGUGUCGAUACUUUGAAGCGCGAUUGGAAGUCGGAACUGGGCCUGAAACAUAUAUUGUUGGUUAUUCGAUGCCUUCUGUUGGACCCCAAUCCGGAAUCUGCAUUAAAUGAGGAGGCUGGAAAGCUUUUACAAGAGGACUAUGCGGAAUAUGUGGCCCAAGCUCGUCUUUAUACCGAAAUACACGCUUGUCAUCACCUUCGGGGACUCAACCCGUCUUCACAGCAAAUGCUAGAUGAAGGCGCGCCUGCGGUCCAUCCAAAACAGUCAACAAAUACAGGGGAGCAGAAUGGAAUCUUACGAGAUACCAACGGUCCGUCUCCAAAGAAACCGACAACUCAAAAAGCUGCUCAGCGGCAUAUUUCCGCCGCGAAAAAAGCACUGAAACGUCUCUGAUGAUCUCUUUUUUCCCUCUGUGUGCAGUUUCAUUGGAGAGUCCAAACGGUAGUGGUCGCUCGCAUUUAUGAUGAACUGUUCCCCCGCAAUGUCCCACUUCAUGUUUGAUGACAUAGGUAUAUUCUCCACGUUUUAUUCCCUCUGUGCUCCAUUGUAUGUAUUAUACAUCAAGCGCAUCUGCUUCCGAGGUGAUGUGAUAUGCUUGUUUGGUCCAACUGAUGUCCGACCUCCGUGGCACUUGCGACAUUCCUUGCUGUCUUCUUUACCUGAAAGGUGCUCAUCUCUUUCUAAGCCUUACACGACGUGUACACGCAUCUCUCACCCUUCCCACCAGUCCUUUUGAUUCCGAAAAGCAGAGGAAUUGCUGGUCGUCACUGUGAUUGAAUCCCGUGUAUGCUCUGCAAUACAUACGGUCCUGUUUUGUUCCGUCUUCUCCGUUCCAUCCAUUCCACUGAAAGUGGUUUGACAAAGCAAUUUGAUGCGCG